ACCGCGAAGCGAGCCCGACCGAGCCUGAGACUUCAGCCGACGAGGUGCCACGGUGCCACGGCGCCGCGCACCUGGUGCCGAUCUUCCGGGACCUCGACCUUCGCGGGGGGUCGCCGCGCGAAAGUGCCCUAGGUCACGGUCCUUGCGUUCCCUGACCCCCGCCCUCCUACGGACCGCAUGUGAACAAAGACUGUAAGAGAUGGACUCGAAGCAGGAAGAGAUCCGCUCGGAGGGCGUCGAACCGGACGGCAAAAGAAUGCGGGACAGGAGCUUCUUUUGGCUGCUCUUGCGGUUCGUCCAGAUUUAUUGGAGGACCUUCGUCGUGAUUCUGGGCCCGUUAACCUUGCUCCCCAUCGUCAUCAUAAAUAAUCAUCAGAUGUUCAGGUGCCUUUACGUGGUGAUGCUGAUGGCGCUAUUCUGGGUGACCGAAGCCAUCCCUUUACCAGUCACAGGGAUGAUUCCUGUAGUCUUGUAUCCUCUGAUGGGCAUCCUCGACUCCAGCGUUACGUGCGCAUGUUACAUGAACGACACCACGAUGAUGUUCAUCGGGAGCCUCGUUAUCGCAGUGGUCAUACAGAACUCCGGGUUGCACUUGCGAAUUGCAUUUUUUAUCAUUAAGUCUCUCGGCUGCAGCCACCGUAGGCUAAGCCUGGGAAUAUUUUUCGUCACGAUGUUCAUCUCCAUGUGGAUUUCUAAUACUGCCGCCACGGCGAUGGUUGUUCCCAUAAUUGAGACGGUGCUACUAGAACUGGAAGCGCAAGGACUUGGGAACAUGUACAUUCAAGACGACACCUCGGAAGAGGAAGGAACGGAGCCGCAAAAACGACCGACACACGCGACUUUGGUGUACUUCCUCUCGGCGUCGUAUGCCUCGAGCAUAGGAGGCAUCGGAACCGUCGUGGGAAGUGGAACAAAUUUGACUUUGAAAGGGAUCUACGAAAGGCGCUUCCCCCAGAGUCCCGGAAUUAAUUUCGCGUCCUGGAUGCUGUACGCGACAUUGCCGAUGCUGGCUGCAAGUUUUUUAACGUGGCUCUGGCUUCAAAUCAUGUACAUGGGCCUUUUCAGGCCGAACAGUAAUGACGCGAGAGCAAUAGACAUCGGCGAACAAGGGGAGCGAAUCGCCACGGAAAUGAUAAAAAAGAAAUACAAAGAGCUGGGGCCAAUGACGUGGUACGAAACGAACGUCGCGGUCCUCUUUAUAAUCGUCGUUUUUCUAUGGUUCUUCAGGCAACCGGGAUUUACGCGCGGAUGGCCGGAAUACAUAACAAAUUCACAAGUCAAGGACUCGACAGCUGCUAUCGCUCUUGUGAUUCUGUUGUUCGUAAUUCCCUCCAAGUUGGACUUUCUUAAGUCUUUUGACAAGGACCCCAAAAAGAGGCCCUGUAAACCGUCGCCUGGUUUGAUAAAUUGGAAGACCAUUCACGAAAAGAUGCACUGGAGCCUGAUAAUGGUACUUGGUGGAGGAUUUGCCAUCGCAGCUGGCAGUACCUCUUCGGGCCUUUCGAAGAUGCUGGGCAACUCCUUGACAGAUCUGAAGGCACUGAACGCAGUUGCUAUAUUAUUUAUUGUGUGCUUGUUCGCAGAGUUAGUCACAGAGCUGACUGCGAAUGUAGCAAUAGCCAAUAUAAUUUUACCGGUUCUAGCAGAAAUGUGCGUGGCUAUUCGCAUACAUCCUCUAUACCUAAUGCUGCCAGCUUCGCUGUGUUGCUCGUUUUCGUUCCAUUUGCCAGCCGGAACACCUCCCAAUGCCAUAGCCUGUGCCGCUGGCCACGUGAAGACUAAAGAUAUUAUUAUCGCAGGCAUCGGACCUACCGUCAUCACACUUUUUAUUAUCUCCGGAUCAUUCGCUACUUGGGGUACUUAUAUAUUUGACUUGUACGAGUUUCCCUCGUGGGCUGUCGACAGCCAUUCAUAGCCAUAAAUAACACAUUUAUUUAUUUCGAUAGUAUUAUGUAACGCACGCCCAUGUGACAAGCUUUCGACAAAGCAGCAUUAGUCUUGACUUUAUAAUUGAGUAUCGCAUUCUUUUACCACGAUGUGUGACGAUAAGUAACGAUCGAUCAUUUUGUACAUAAUUCAGUCGACUCGCGUGUACUUGCACAUCGUGCAAUAUUCAGUGUUAAUAAACCUGUACAUGACAGUUUUUCAUUUGGGUAGAGCUAAUGUACAUAAUUUUAGUAAACAAUAAGAUAUUCACAUAAGAGGAAUCUUGGUUUCCUUGCAUAUGACAUAAGCGAUAUCAUGACGUUGUACAAACAUUGAAGCACUGACAAGAGAAGUUUAAUAAAAACAAAUUCAACAUGAUCCGCUUUAACGGGGAUCAGAUCAUGAAAUUCA